UACAUUCCAAAACAGGAAUGAAUGUUUGGUCAUCCUAAGGUCUUGCCUUAGGAUUUUAUCUAAUCCUAAGGAUGGAUAGCAAAAUCUUUCCAGCUCUAAGGGCAGACAAUGGUGAGAUUUGUAUGUAACAGCAAUUAUGAUGUGUCAUGUGGAAGCCAGAUGUGAAUACUCUUGUCUGUAUUGACAGAAAUGAAGAAAGAAUCACAGAGUACCACCAUAAAGCUCAUCGGCAUAACAGCUGAGAAUAUGAAGUGUCCAUAUUCUGUCGCUUACUACUUGUCCUGCCUUUUCCUUCCUUUUUUGAAUGACCUCUUUUCACUUGAGGCUGAGAAAUGAAAUACAGUGUGCAGAAUAAGCAUUAAAGUGAAAAAGUAAUUCUUAAGAUAAUUUCCUCUGCCUCCUGAAUCUCUGAAAUGUUAAAUCUUGAAUGCGUUAUGGUAUGCUAACCCAGAAAGGGAAGUUGUAGUGUGGCAGUUCUGUAUUUAGAUCUCAGCUAAGAUGGGAUAGCUGACCAACAUUAUACAGAAAUAAAGAGACUAUUUUAUGUCUUUGCUAGGACAACAAGUCAAGUGUUUGGACAUUCAGUACCGAAGUUGAGUUGCUGCUCUCUUUUAAUUAAAAAAAAAAGAAAAAAAAGCGCCCACCCACUGUUUCCAUGUCCACUAUUUAACCCAGUCACAACUCUGUUGGAGCAGGAGAGAGAGAUUAUUUUUCCAUUCCCAUUAUGGAAAUUAAAAUAAGACAAACAGGACUUUUAUUUACCAGCCUUGAUAAGAACUUGACAACUGAAUUGGUAUAGCUAAAUGAAAAAAAAUCAUAAUAAUGCAUAUAAACUUAGAUCAUUAUUAUUGCUCAGGAAAAGUACUUAUUUUUGUAUUCAUUUGUAUUAAUUUGAUGAUGACAGAGAGUGGGUUAAAAGAUAAUUUUUUCCCCCUGCUUAAUCUCUUGCAAAGCAUGAAAACACGUAGUUCAAUUAUAUUUAAAUAAUGGGGAAAUUACAGUACUGUUGUAUGUGGAAAAUACAUCUGGAGGAAAGCAAAUGCCAUUUCAUAAGGUGUCAGUAGGUGGCGCAAACAUUUACAUAAAAGGUUUGGGCGUUCCUAAAUGUUAUUACACAGUAGGAUAGAGUUACAGGAAGUUUUCUUUCUGUCUUUUCCCGAGUACAUUUUCUGCUUUUUCAGAGCGCAGGGAUUUCUGGAUAUUCUAAAGAAAGUUUGAAGGUACUCGUAAAUAGUUUGACCAAAUACAAGGAUACAGGAACGAGAAAGAAAAUUAAGUACAUGUGGAAGAAUCGUAUCCUUCUUUCACCUAGUCCCUGGUUACUGCUGAAAUUUUGUCCUAAGAAGAAACAAUGAUUUGAAGGAUUAGAACAAAGAUGGACAAAUCAGAAAAGUAUUGAGCAUCUCUGAAGAACAAGAAACCAAUAUUUCAGAAAAUAUGAGAUCUCUCAGAAACUUUUUUCUUUACAAGUGUCUGUUUGCAUUAACUUUUUGGAACCAUAUCAGCCUGUCUGUGGAAAACGAACUCUUUACAUCUAUUUCUAAUGGUUUUCCAGAAGACGGUUCUGACAAAAAAAUCAAGACCCUGCCACUCCUGUAUACAAAUAGUCAUCAGUCCAAAGCUAAUUUUGAUUGGGUUGUGAUACAAAAUACUACAGAAAGCCUGUCACUGUCAGAAAUCACAAAUGGCAAUCUAAAAAAAUUAGUAGCUUUAUUAUCUAAUUUCAGACAAGACUCCAGGCUACAAAAUCUGACACUGACAAAUGUGGCAGCAGACUGGAAUGCUAUUAUGGACAUUUUUCAAACUGUAUGGCACUCAUCCAUCGAAUACUUCAAUAUUAUCAGUGUAACACAAUUGUCGGACAUCACAGCCUAUAACUUUAACUAUUCAGGUACCUCUAUGAAAGCACUGACAAUGAAGAAAGUUAAAAUUGAAGAUCUGUACUUCAUACAGGAUGACCUAUACAGAAUAUUUGCAGACAUGAACAUUGCAGCCUUGACAAUAGCUGAAUCAAAGAUAAUACAUAUGGUGUGUCCUUCGUCUGACAGUCCCUUUAGAUACUUAAAUUUUUCAAAGAAUGAUUUAACAGAUCUUCUUUUUCAAAAAUGUGACAAAUUAAUUAAUCUGGAGACAUUAAUCUUGAAGAAGAAUAAAUUUGUGAGCCUUUCCAAGGUAAGCUUCAUGACCAGCCGUAUGAAAUUGCUGAAAUAUUUGGACAUGAGCAACAACUUGCUGAGUCACGCUGCAGCUGAUGUGCAAUGCCAGUGGGCUGAGUCUCUGACAGAGUUGGACCUGUCCUCAAAUCAGUUGACGGAUUCCGUGUUUGAGUGCUUGCCUGUCAACAUCAAAAAGCUUGACCUACAAAACAAUCAGAUCACCAGUGUGGCCAAGGGGAUGGCUGAGCUGAAAUCCUUGAAAGAGCUGAACCUGGCAUCAAACAGGCUGGCUGACCUGCCAGGGUGCAGUGGCUUUACGUCCCUGGAGUUCCUGAAUAUAGAGAUGAAUUUGAUCCUCACCCCAUCUGCCGACUUCUUCCAGAGCUGCCCACGGGUCAAGGAGCUACAAGCUGGGCACAACCCGUUUAAGUGUUCUUGUGAACUGCAAGACUUUAUCCGUCUGGAGAGGCAGUCUGGACGGAAGCUGUUUGGCUGGCCGGCGGCAUACACGUGCGAGUACCCGGAAGACUUGCGAGGAACGCAGCUGAAGGACUUCCACCUGACUGAACUGGCUUGCAACACGAUGCUCUUGCUUGUGACAGCUCUGCUGCUGACGCUGGUGCUGGUGGGUGUCGUGGCCUUUCUGUGCAUCUACCUGGAUGUGCUGUGGUACGUGCAGAUGACGUGGCAGUGGACGCAGACAAAGCGGAGAGCUUGGCACAACCACCCCGAAGAGCAGGAGAGAGUUCUGCAGUUCCACGCGUUCAUUUCCUACAGCGAGCGUGAUUCGUUGUGGGUGAAGAACGAGCUGAUCCCAAACCUGGAGAAGGGGGAGGGCGGUGUCCAACUGUGCCAGCACGAGAGAAACUUCAUCCCUGGCAAGAGCAUUGUGGAGAACAUCAUUAACUGCAUUGAGAAGAGCUACAAGUCGAUCUUUGUGUUGUCUCCUAACUUUGUGCAGAGUGAGUGGUGUCACUAUGAGCUGUACUUUGCCCAUCACAAAUUAUUCAGUGAGAAUUCCAACAGCUUAAUCCUCAUUUUACUGGCACCCAUCUCUCCGUGUAUUAUCCCUGCGAGGUAUCACAAGCUGAAGGCUCUCAUGGCAAAGCGGACGUACCUGGAGUGGCCGAAGGAGAGGAGCAAGCAUGCCCUUUUCUGGGCUAACCUGAGGGCAGCUAUUAGCAUUAACCUACCAAUGGCUGAUUGAAAGAGGUGUGGGGAAACAGAUUAAGAAUCUUUCUAAUGGUAUUUCUUCUGUUUUUUCUUGGUGAAGCAAUAAAUACUUUAUGAAUUCCA